AUGAACGAUCAGAUAUCAGGAGGUGAUGACAAAGUUUCUCUCAAAUUUAAAAUCACACGCCUGUCUGCCUACUUCACUGUUCCUAUCUUAAUAUGUCCAUUAUCUAUCUAUCUAUCUAUCUAUCUAUCUAUCUAUCUAUCUAUCUAUCUAUCUAUCUAUCUCUCCCUCCCCCUCUCUCUCUCUAUAUAUAUAUAUAUAUAUAUAUACAUGUUACUAUUCAUAUCUAAUUCUAUUCAUAUCUAUCUAUCUAUCUAUCUAUCUAUGCAAUUCUGUUCAUAUCUUCAUUAUCUAUCUAUCUAUCUAUCUAUCUAUAAUAGAAUAGGAUGUAGUAUUUUGGGGCAACAUUUUCACAUUUAUUCACAGAUCAUAUCUAUCUAUCUAUGUAUCUAUUUGGGAGUUUAUAUCUAUCUAUCUAUCUAUCUAUCUAUCUAUCUAUCCAUUUUAGAUUUUAUAUCUAUGUAUCUAUCUAUGCAUCCAUUAGACACUUUAAUCUUUCUUUCUUUCUUUAUUUCUUUCUUUCUUUAUUUCUUUCUUUCUUUUUUUAUUUCUUACUUUCUUUCUUUCUUUAUUUAUUUCUUUCUUUAUUUCUGUCUUUAUUUCUUUAUUUCUUUCUUUAUUUAUUUAUUUAUUACUUUCUUUCUUUCUUUCUUUAUUUUUUUAUUUCUUUCUUUCGUUAUUUCUUUCUUUCUUUCUUUCUUUCUUUCUUUCUUUCUUUCUUUCUUUCUUUCUUUCUUUCUUUCUUUCUUUCUCACUACACCGCUAUCCAUUACGCCACCGCAUCUAUCUAUCUAUCUAUCUAUCUAUCUAUCUAUCUAUCUAUCUAUCUAUCUAUCUAUCUAUCUAUCUAUUUAUUAA